AUGUUAUCGGCUGCCGUGCUCUUAAGCGCUCUCGCUGGCGUGGCGGUCGCGCAGUUCCCUCCAAAGCCAGAGGGCGUCACUGUGCUUAGAUCCAAGUUCCACGAGAAUGUCACCAUCUCCUUCAAGGAGCCCGGAAUUUGCGAGACAACUCCCGGCGUCAAAUCGUAUGCGGGCCAUGUCCACCUGCCUCCAGGGCUGCUUGAAGAUGCAGACGGCGAGCCUCAACACUAUCCCGUCAACACAUUCUUCUGGUUCUUCGAGGCCCGCAAGAACCCUUCUACAGCUCCACUAGCUAUCUGGCUCAAUGGAGGACCCGGCUCUUCAUCCAUGUACGGCAUCUUCAUGGAAAAUGGGCCUUGUUUUGUGAAUGACGACUCCAAAUCCACUAUGCUCAAUCCCUGGAGCUGGAACAAUGAGGUCAACAUGCUGUACAUCGACGAGCCCACCCAGGUUGGCUUCUCCUACGACAUCCCAACCAACUGCACAGCCAACCUCUCAAGCGAUGGGCUUGACAUCAAACCCGCAGACUUCUCGCAAGGUAUACCAAAUCUGAACUUGACUUCCAUGAUUGGCACGUUUAGCAGCCAGAAGCAGUCCCACACAACCAACAGCACCGCUCAAGCCGCCCACGCUUUGUGGCACUUUGCGCAAACCUGGUUUUCCGAGUUCCCUCACUACAAGCCCAGCGACGAUCGCAUCAGUAUCUGGGCAGAAAGCUACGGCGGCCACUAUGGCCCAGGCUUUAUGCGAUUUUUCCAACAGCAGAACGAGAGGAUUGCCAAUGGUUCGAUUGCCGAUGAACACGCUCAAUUCAUUCACUUGGACACCCUUGGCAUUGUCAAUGGCUGGCUGGACUCUGUUAUUCAGGAGGAGUCAUAUAUUGACUUUCCGUACAAGAAUACUUAUGGAAUCCAAGUCUUCAACCAGUCCAUCUACAAGGAGUUGAAGCACAACUUCACCAAGCCCAACGGCUGCAAGGAGCAGAUAGAGAGAUGCCAGCAGAGCUUCACUUUCCUUGACGUAUCCACCGUCAACGCUCAGAGAGCCAACCCGGCCAAUAUCUGUGACGAUGUGAAGGAUUGGUGCUAUAUGCCAGCUGCAAAGGUGUACUUUGAGCUUGACCGCAGCUGGCUUGACAUUGGCCAUACUCUCAAUGAUCCCUAUCCGCCGAACCAUAUGUUUGGGUUUCUGACAGAGGAAAGUGUUCUUGGUGCCAUUGGAUCUCCAGUGAACUUCAGUGUCAUCUCUACUGCUGUGAGCAGUAGUUUUGCCAAGUCUUACGACGAGUUCCACGGUGGAUUCCUCGAAGCGGUGGGCUAUCUCCUCGACCAUGGCAUCAAGGUCCACAUGAUGUAUGGCGAUCGGGACUACGCGUGUAACUGGAUCGGUGGCGAGAAAGCUUCCUUGGCAGUUCCUUAUUCACACAGCGAGGACUUUGCACGCGCCGGCUAUGCACCCUUUCUGACGGAAAAGGGCGUAGCUGGCUUGACCCGCCAGUAUGGUAACUAUAGCUUCUCCAGAGUUUUCCAGGCGGGUCACAUGGUCCCGGCGUACCAGCCGGAGGCUGCAUACGAGAUCUUCAUGCGCGCUACCUUUAAUCGGGAUAUCCCAACGGGGCUGCAGCCAGUGAAGGAUGACUUGUCAACUGAUGGGCCGAGCGACACUUGGCACGUUGUGAACGAGCCGCCGGAAUUGCCGACGCCAAGGUGCUACAUCUUGGCUCCUCAGAGCUGCUUGCCCAAGAUAUGGAAGAAGGUGAUUGAUGGGACAGCCAAGAUCAGGGAUUGGAUCGUGGACGAAUACGAUGCAGAAGAUGAAUUUUCGGAUGAGUUGUAG